AUGGACAAGCUCUUCGGGGCGCUGGUCCAGUACCCGGACACCACCGGCCGGUUCGAUGACUACUCGAGCAUUGCCCAGGCCCUCCACAAGAAUGGAGCUUACCUUACCGUCGCUGCCGAUCCGCUUUCGCUGGUGCUGGCCAAGCCUCCCAGUGAGUUCGGUGCCGACGUGGUUGUGGGCUCCAUGCAGCGUUUUGGCGUGCCCAUGUGGUUCGGUGGACCUUCUGCCGCGUACCUGGCCACGUCGAAGAAGCAGGUGCGACGAAUGCCGGGUCGAAUCAUCGGAGAGUCGGUGGACAGACUGGGCAACCCAGCCUACCGACUGACCCUUCAGACGAGAGAGCAGCAUAUCCGACUGGACAAGGCCACAUCGAACGUGUGCACCGCGCAAGUGCUGCUGGCCAACAUUGCCGGAAUGUACUCCGUGUAUCAUCGCAAGGAUGGGCUCCAGAAAAUCGCCAAGAAGGUCCAUGGCUUGGCGCAGCUCUUCGCAAGCGAGGCGGGAAAGGCUGGUAUGGCCGUUGCUGCAGGGUCCUUCUUCGACACGGUUACGAUCGACGCCGGGAAGAACGCCAAAGCCGUGGUGGAGAAGCUGCAGGCCAAGAAGCUGAAUAUGCGCGCCAUCGACGACAGCCUGAUUUCUGCGGCCUUUGACGAGACGCACCUGCAGGAAGACGUGCAUGCGCUGAUCGCCGCUCUCAAGGAAGCGGGCGUGG